AUGAAAAAGUCACUGGAUUACAAGGCCAGCUUCCCAGCUGCCCUCAUGCCUGAGGAUACCAUCCUGCCCUGCCGGGUCUCCUGGGCCCACUUCCGGGUCUCCCGGACCCACUUCCGGGUCCAUCGCCCGCACAGAGCCUCUCCUGACUACUCUGCACAAGCCGGGUCGGGGGGUCACUUACAGAUGGGAGACGGGCUGUGCCCGAAGCACAGGGAGCGAGGAGCCAUUUCUGUGCUGGAGCUACAGCAGAUGAUGUCAGAUGAGUUCCAGGCAAGGCCCGAGGGUCCCAACCGGCCGUGCCCCAAAGAGGGGAUGAGUGCCAGCCCCAGCCUUCUCUGGGGGAUGAGGGGCUGGGUGGCGCCUUCAGUGGGCAGAUGGAGAACAGGGUGUGAGACGUGCUGCAGGUCGGUGGUCCCAAAGGAGCUGUCCAGAGGCAGGUCACAAAUUCCAGUGGGGCCAGGCCAAGCCCACAGGGACUGA